GACUGUGAGUGCUGAUAACACAGAGAGUCUAUUACUAGAUAUAGAACAGACUGUGGCUCCGAGAGCAGGCUAAAGCACCAGAGUUUAACUUAAGUGAUUCUGAGAAUAGUAGUGGAGUUAGUAGCAGUGAUUUUAAUGAAGAUUAUGGUGUCAGUAAACACCAUCCGAAACGCCAUCCACCAUCACGUCUCUUAAAUGAUCUUGGCAUCUUCGAAAAUCAGCUCCGAUCAAAGAAGAAGACACGAGCAACAGCAGUGGAUCUGGAACCCAUCUCAGCGUCUCUGGGAAAAAUAAACCAGCAGCUUGGUGAUGUGAUGGGAGUGAUUACGUCACACAGGUACAACCCACAGUCGUCUUCCCCUGCAGGUUUCCAGCCGUACAAUGCAGCCAUUAUGUCACCUUGGCAAGGUAGAACGCAAAGUGCACCGGAUGUUAGGUUUGAUACUAUCGGUAUAGCUACGCCACCCGUGGAGGAUACAGAACAGGGGCUUAGAAGGAAAUGGCAGACCUACUUUGGAGAUUACAAGCCAUAUAGCAGUACACCUAUUGGACCCGCUGUAACUGGGAAUGUACCGAGUGCUUCAUUUGGAGGAUACAUACCUGGCAGAGACUUGCUCCGCAAUGCUCCCAACACUAGUUAUAAUAACUGGAUGCCAGAACCGGGCUCUACUGAGAAUAUGUUACAAGCAAGCAAAGUGAUUGGUUGAGAGAAUUCAGGAAAGAUUCUGGCCUUCCCUCCCAAAAAUUAAGAAGUGCAGACAGCAUGAGCAACUACAGCUUUGGUUCGUCAUCCACAGGACCCAAGCAAGCUUUUGUAGCGAGUAGCAGUGUCAGGCCUAGUGGGGCACCAACGCAUCAACCACGGUCUGGUAAAGUUAGACUGGAGUUAGACGAAAAUAAUCAACUGCAAAUACGACAGUACUGAUGUGAUGUCAAAGAAACGUGUUUUUGCAAUCGAAUGAACUAACUGUGUAAUGUUUUAUUCCGUCCUUGUGUCUAACUUUCCAAGAUAUCCGCGACGUCUACGCUGUAACCAAGAACAAGACUACCACAUGACUUUAACGACAGUAUUGCCUCUUAAAUUAAAGUACAGAAUGCUGAAAAAUGCAUUAGAUUAAUUAAAUGUGUGACUUACUAAAUACCUGAAGACUACUAACUGUUAUUAGUGUUGACAUAGUGGACUGAUGUUUUCCAAGACUAUCGUAGUCCAAACCAUGUUGAAUUACCGUGUAUCUUUCAUUCAGAUAGUUAUGCAAAUAGUGGGAAGGUUGAA